CGAUUUGCCAUACUUCCCCAAUUGUAAGCGCCUCUAUCACACCGGAUGCUGCCCUUGUAGCCUGCGACGACGACCGCUUGAAGGACGUCUUGGUACCAUUUCAACAUUAUUUAUCGUCACCUGUACUGGAAUCAACGCCCUGUGACAUCACUACUACCCUCGAUUUGCCGAAUCUCGCCAUUUGUAAACGACUCUCAAUCGCAUCCGAAACUACUCUGGUCGCCAGCGACGAUGAUUCAAUGGACGUCUUCUCUGACAAGGGCAACUAUGUUAUGCCACACCUCGGGAUGCAAGUACCAGCACACACUACUUCGAACAACGACCACGUCAACAUCCCAGCCCCAAGCACAACUAUCGACAUCACUAGCCCCUUCUGUACGCCGUAUAUUCGGCCGCUUGUCCUGUUAAACGACAAAUGUCGGACAACGCCUACGCCUAUUACUAACCAUUCCAUCCCCAGAUCUGUACACCUCAUGGACGCCUUGCUUCAGACGACGAAGACCGUCAAUUCCCUGCACAGUAGUCUGUCCAUAGUCCCCAAUGACAACUUCAAACACUCAGAGGGCAUCUUCACUGGCACUGAUGAGGCAUUGCCAGUGGACACGAAAGACAUUGAAUGCCACAUCUACGCCCACGCGCGCCAGCUCUCACUGUCGACAAUGCUUUCGUUAUCGACAAUGCCCUCCCUAUCCACAACGCUCCCUCAUCCGUUGAACCUUUGGCUACUUGCUCCACUUGGUAGCCUCCCAACGUUGUUGUCUGUGAAUAACCCUUCUGGCUCCGCCCAUUCCACUGACGUGUUAACUCACAAGACCAAGGCUAGUGCCUCCUGGCUAAAGCCCCUGAUACUCAUUACUAAAUUCGCUGCCGAUCGACUCACUCCUCUUCCUACAGUGUUUCCAUGUCAGUCUAAGAAGUCAUGCCCAUGCAAACUCAGGUGGCAGAAGCGCAAACCUAUGUCUUUGCGAAUGAACGCUGCUUGCCACAGCAUCGUGCAUUCUCGCCUUCAGCGACACGCUGACAGAAUCAUUGGCCACCUUACGCAAGUCUGCGAACGGAUCCGUGUCGACAAAGCAGACGUCAGUGACGCAUGGGUCACUGCCAUGACGGAGGUGGGGCUCACCUCGAUGCUGGCUGGCAAUCAUCGAACGUCGCCAGGAUCGCCGGUCUCUCUUACAUUCGACGCGUUGUCAAUUUUGGAGCCUGGUUCGCGAAUCAAGGCCCGCCUUGCGUCACUUUGCCAUCGAACAAAUGCAGUCGCAGCCGCGAUUCCAGCCACCACCACCUUUCUACCUUCACUACCCUGGCGAUGCACUUCCCAACAUCCCCAGCAUCUUACGCCCGCCGCGGCUUCGCUAUUAACUACAACACUGACAACCACCACCUACUAACAACGACCCUGCAAGAAGCCACCAAAGUCACAGGCUACAGACUGACGAGAAGAAUACGACACCAUCAUGACAUACAUUACGCUACAAAUCUCACGA